GCUGGCGGGGACAGGCACGACCUGUCUGUCCUUCAGUCUUGGACCUUCCACCGGUCCCGCUGCUUUGGACAGGAGCGCUAGUGGGAGCUGAGGCGGCAGCGGUGGCAGCACAGGUUGCAGUGACCAGGACGGCAGCAGAAGCGCCAUGUCCGAGUCGCCCCCUCAGGGUGCCGAGCGCGACCUUUACCGGGACACGUGGGUGCGAUACCUGGGCUACGCCAAUGAGGUGGGGGAAGCCUUCCGCUCCAUGGUGCCAGCAGCUGUGGUGUGGCUGAGCUAUGGUGUGUCCAGCUCCUACGUACUGGCCGAUGCCAUUGACAAAGGCAAGAAGGCAGGAGAGCAGACGCCAAGCCCUGAAGAAGGCCGCAGCACCAGGGUGACCAUAGCCGUGGUGGACACCUUCGUGUGGCAGGCCCUGGCCUCUGUGGCCAUCCCAGGAUUCACUAUCAACCGUGUGUGUGCUGCCUCUCUCUACAUGCUGGGCACUGCCACCCGCUGGCCUCUGGCCGUCCGAAAGUGGACCACCACCGCCCUGGGACUAUUGGCCAUCCCCGUCAUCAUCCAUCCCAUCGACAGGUCGGUGGACUUCCUCCUGGACUCCAGCCUGCGCAAGCUCUAUCCCUCAGUGCAGAAGCCCAGCUCCUCCUGACCCCACCCUGGUACCGGGCCUGGGGGUUGGCCCACCCCCUGCUCUGUUCCAACUGCCUCCUCCUGAUGGGGGAUGCGAUGCCUGGCUCCCUGGGGUCUGAGGCCCUGGCACCUGAGUGGGUUUGAGCUGAAUGGAAACUGAGAGACAAAGGCCUCAGGGAGCGGCGGCCGCAGCGACUGGCAGACAGGGGCGGGACCUGAACCCCGUCUUCCUCCAUGAAAUUCGUCAUACUAAGUGGGAGUGGACCCUGGGCGGGCCCAGCCCUGUCUUUUGACAGGAAAGCAGCAUCCUCCCAUGGAGGAUAAGGGGACUGAGGCCCACAGAGGGCAAGGACUAUGGCCAACAUCACUUGGCACGCUGGGGACCCAGGACUCCCAGUGGCUUGGCCGAGUCCCCCCAUGGCAGCGUGGCUGGACGGAGGAACAGGAGGCCCUGGGAGGAAUGCAAGAGUGCAGUAGUGGGGACCCUGAGGGCUGAUUCUCUGGCCAGCCUGUCCCUGGGGUGGGGUCGCUGGGGCCUGGCUGGAAGGCAGGACAGCCCUGGUCCAAUAAAUCCUUACGACAUUG